AUUCAGGUAUAUAAACACAGUGCACAUGACAAACAAUCAGUUUUAAAAAACUGUAUUGGACAAUACGUUUUAAACCAAAAUCAUUGUGUGUGUCAAAUAAACAAAUCGGUAGUUUAAUAAUUUUCAUAAAAAAAUUAUAAAUCAAAAACAAUGGUUGUUAAUACGGUAACAAACGUGUUUUAUUUAAUUUUAUUUAUAAGUGAAUUUAAUGUGGUAUGUAUGAGCUUAACUUGUUCGGGGUGCGGCCCCGGCUUUUAUUGUUCAACCGACGAUGUUUGCCUACCUUGCGAAGAUGGCUACUACAAACCUGGGUUCAAUACAGGCAGCUUCUGUUACCCGUGUAAGACAGAUUGUCCAGGAAAUACGCUAGUUGAAGAGAGAGAAUUUAUAUCUAAAAAGUGUUCAAAAGUUGAAGACAGUGUGUGUAGUUGUAAGCACGGUUAUUACCGCGAACCAGACAUUAAAUUUAAUGCUCUCUGUCUUAAAUGGACGGAAUGUGCUGUUGGUUCUGGAGUAACUAUUCCAGGCACAGAUAUAAAAGAUGUCGUUUGUGAACCAUGCGAGGCAGGGUUUACCUCCGAUAAUAAAUCAUCGACAGAGCCAUGCGUUAAGAAAGAAGAAGGAGGAGGAGGUCUUUCCGGAUGGGCGGUAGCUGUCAUCGCUACAUUCUGUACAAUUAUUGUCAUCGGACUAAUUGUUGGGGCACUAAUAUGGAUCUUUCGGAAUAUGAAAAGAAACCGUUUACAUUUGAAAAACAACAUAAGAUUCUUUUCACGUAGGACAGGUGAAACACAUCUGCUUAAGAGCAUAGACGAACUUAGAUUGAGUAAGCUGUCGGAAGAGAUGGUCACUGGAGAUUGGGAGAUGUUUUUUCGGCGACUGUUUGACGAAGAACCAUCGGUAUCCAGUCCAGCUGAAAAUGUUAGGACCGAGUAUGAAACAAAACCCGUGAAGGAGAAGAUUUACCGAUGUCUAAAACUUUGGAUCCGUGUACAGGGCAAUGAAGCAACCAACGCUCGUUUUGUUGCAGCAUUGCGGGAUUGGAGGCCCGGACAACAGUCUGAGGAUAUCAUAAGAAGAUAUUUUCCUUAUAAUAUAAAUAGCGUGAUAACUGACGUUUAAAUUAAAAUAUGAUAUAAUAUAUAAUAUGAUAUGACCUAUAAAUAAACAGCGUUACAAGCAGAACAUAGUUAUACAUAGUAACAUGUUUAAUUAUUCAUUAUUGCGUUAUAUGACUUGUUGUUUAUCGUUUUUGAUGAUAUUUGUAUUAUAGUAUGUAUACAUGUGUGAAUUGUGUAAAGUUGUCUGUCAUUAUGGUUUAUUUUAGAAGGCCAUACUAAAAAUAUGAUGUUUUAUAGUUGACACAGUAAUUAUGUAAUAAUGUGUUACUUUCUUUAAAUAAAGAUGUUGUUAUUAUUAUUAUUAUUAUUAUUAUUAUUAUUAUUAUUAUUAUUAUUAUCCAGUCACGAGUAGUCAAAAAUUGCUUGUAUUGUGUAUAUAAUUCUGUGAUUGUUUUGUAAAUCUAUUCUAUAUUUUUUCAUGAUUUUUAUUUAUUUUUUGUAUUUUUUUUUUUUUUGUAAGAUUUGUUUUGAUUUAUGUAUGUUCCCAUUCACACGUCGAUCAUUCUCGUACACCAGCGUGAUGAGGCUAUGUGUUUAACAUAACUAUCAAACCUCUGAUGAAUAAGAAUGAUGUACAUGACUGUAUAUAUAUAAAUAAAACAUGUAACUU